AUGCAGCUGCUGAAGGGAGUCAUGGCCAACUUCCGGAUAGCACUUAUCCAACUUCAAGUAUCCGCUGCCAAAACAGAAAACCUGGACCGGGCCACUGGGUUUGUAAAGACUGCAGCUGCACAAGGAGCAAAACUUGUAGUUCUGCCAGAAUGUUUCAAUUCUCCCUAUGGCACACAAUAUUUUCCAGAGUAUGCAGAGAAAAUCCCUGGUGAGUCCACACAGAAGCUGUCUGAAAUUGCAAAGGAAUGCAAUUUAUACUUGAUUGGAGGUUCCAUUCCAGAAGAGGAUGCUGGGAAGUUGUACAACACAUGUACUGUUUUUGGUCCUGAUGGUGCCUUGUUAGCAAAGCACAGAAAGAUUCAUUUGUUUGACAUUAAUGUUCCUGGGAAAAUCCGGUUCCAAGAGUCAGAAACUCUGAGUCCUGGCAAUAGUUUCUCUGUAUUCGACACUCCAUACUGCAAGAUAGGACUUGGGAUCUGCUAUGACAUCCGCUUUGCUGAGCUUGCUCAAAUCUACGCACAGAAAGGUUGCCAGCUCUUGGUGUAUCCUGGGGCUUUCAAUUUGACAACAGGUCCUGCCCACUGGGAGCUGCUGCAGAGAGGACGGGCUGUUGAUAACCAGGUCUAUGUGGCAACUGUGUCUCCUGCUAGGGAUGAGAAGGCGUCUUAUGUAGCCUGGGGACACAGCACUGUAGUAAAUCCAUGGGGGGAAGUCAUAGCCAAGGCUGGCACUGAGGAAUCAGUUAUGUAUGCAGAUAUAGACCUAAAGAAGCUUGCAGAAGUUCGGCAACAAAUCCCCAUUUUGUCCCAGAAGCGUUCUGACCUUUACACUGUUCAAGCAAAGACUGAAUGAUGUAUGUAGUGACUUGGAUCCGGACACAUCCUGCCUUUUCCUAUGUUCUGUG